CAGUUAGCACCAGCGAUCUCAGCUGGCAAGUGGCAGUAGAGCUUCGUUCGCUCAGUCACAAGGACCUGUCUGUCCCCAUUUUCCUUCCGCGCGAUACAGUUUACGCGACCACAUUCCAAUCGCGCGUUGGUAAAAUACGUGUCUUUAACAAAUGAGGACAAAAAACUUUUAGUGUGUUCAAAAUUGAAACAUUAGUGCAAGGCCAAAGAUGGGAUGGAAAAGGGAUGCUGUUCGAGUCGUUCUUGUGUUGACGGUAGUUGGAGCAACAUGGGCCCAACAAUCUCCGGAUACAAGCUAUCUGUCCGGAGAAGAUGCGACAAACCGAAGUGAGAUAGAAUCACGGGAAGGAGGACCGGAAUUGGAAUUUCGGUAUCAUGACCAUGAUCAGAUGACGAGAUAUCUGCGCGCAGUUUCCGCUAGUUACCCCGCCCUGACUGCGCUCUAUUCUAUUGGAAAAUCUGUACAAGGUCGCGAUCUGUGGGUGAUGGUGGUAUCAGCAUCACCGUAUGAACACAUGAUCGGCAAACCUGACGUCAAGUAUGUAGCGAAUAUUCAUGGCAACGAGGCUGUAGGGAGAGAACUGCUCCUGCAUCUUAUUCAGUACUUGGUCACGUCAUAUGAAAAUGAUUCGUAUAUCAAAUGGUUAUUAGACAAUACACGAAUCCACCUAAUGCCAUCUAUGAACCCGGACGGUUACUCAAUAUCGUCUGAAGGACAAUGUGACACCAUUCACGGCAGACAUAAUGCUCGUCGGUAUGACCUGAAUCGCAAUUUCCCGGACUUCUUCAAAGCGAACACGAAACAGCCCCAACCAGAGACGGAGGCUGUGAAGGAAUGGAUCAGCAAGAUCCAGUUCGUACUUUCUGGAUCUUUGCAUGGAGGAGCACUCGUAGCUUCAUAUCCAUUUGAUAAUACACCUAGUUCUAGAAUAUGCAGGUCUUCGAUACUAUGUUCAGUCUUCCAAAGCUACGCGCACUCGCCUUCCAUCGCGCCAGACGACGACGUGUUCCGUCACCUAGCGCUGGUGUACUCGAACAAUCACGCCAAGAUGUCUCGUGGUGUGUCCUGCAAGAGCGGGUCUCCAAGGUUCGAGAAGGGCAUCACUAACGGAGCCGCUUGGUACCCACUAACUGGGGGCAUGCAAGAUUAUAACUACUUAUGGCACGGCUGUAUGGAAAUUACGUUAGAAAUCUCCUGUUGCAAGUAUCCUCCCGCACACGAGCUCGCUAAGUACUGGCAAGAUAAUAAGCAGUCACUAAUUAAAUAUCUGGCGGAAGCCCACCGCGGGGCUCACGGUUUCGUGAUGGACGACAACGGCAACCCGGUGGAGCGCGCCGCCAUCCGCGUGAAGGAACGCGAUGUGACGUACCACACUACUAAGUACGGGGAGUUCUGGCGUAUUCUGCUGCCUGGACGUUAUCGGCUCGAGGUCUCCGCGGAAGGUUAUCUGCCACAAGAAGUAGAAUUCUUUGUAAUCGAUAGCCACCCGACGCUAUUAAACGUUACAUUGCAUUCUGCCAAACGUAUAGACGGUGGACCAUACUACCGGCCGGCGGGGCCUCCCCGCCCGCCUCCCGCACCCGCGCCCUCUCCUGGACUCUUUUCAACUUUCACAAACUCUAUCAAUAGUUUCGUCUCUAGUAUUUUUGGAUAAGUUUGAAUUUAAAAUUUAAUUUUUUCGGUAUGAAAGAUAUUCUCAAAGUAUGCUAACUUCUACGCCUACCGAUUAGAUAUAAGUUUAAAUGUCAGUUAGGAUCUCUAUAGGGUAAAUAUUUAUCAAAUCUUGAAUAUUCUAAAAUUUAUUUAAAUACUAAUGUAGUUUACUGAUGUAAUGUUUAUUUGCUAGACUCAACAUAGUUAAAAAUUAAAAGCAUCCUAGUUUUCAAGCCAUAGA